AUGGCCAACGGCCCGCCUUCAGGCGGCGGCCCCGGCCGCGGCCCUGUGCCGGGCUUCAUGCCCCCCGGGCCGCCCGGCAUGCCGGGGAUGGCGCGCCCCAUGGGGCCACCAAGCGGCUCCUACCCGGCCCCGCCCGGCGCCGGCGGCCCGCCCGGCCCGCCGGGUCCGCCGGGCCCGCCCGGCGCGCCGCCCGGCCCCUACGGCGCCGCCCCACCGCGCCCAGGCUUCCCCGGCGCGCCGCCACCGCUGCCGCCGCCGGCGCCCGGGCUCGGCCCGCACGCGCACCACGCGCACGGCCCCCACACCGGCGGCGCGCCGGUGCCCGGCGGGCCGCCGCGGCCGCAGGGCAUGCAGUCGCGCAUCGACCCCAGCCAAAUCCCGCGGCCGGUCGCGGCGCGGCACGGGCCGGAGCCGAUCGUGUUCCACACGCGCUUCAACGGGGCCCACCAGAGCCCGCCGCCAUCCACGUCCCGCUUCAUCGUGCGCGACUGUGGCAACGCGAGCCCGCGGCUCCUGCGGUCCACGCUCAACGCGGUGCCCUUCACGCCCGAGCUGCUGGGCAGCAGCGGCAUGGCCUUUGGGCUCGUGGUGCAGCCGCUGGCGCUGCCUGACCCUUCGGACGACCCAGUGGCGGUGGUCGACCUGGGUGAGCUGGGCCCCAUCCGCUGCGGCCGCUGCAAGGCAUACGUCAACGCCUACUGCCGCUGGCUGGACGGCGGGAAGGCCUUCGGCUGCAACUUCUGCGGUGCGACCACGCCCUGCCCGGAGCCCUACUUCUGGGCCGUACUUCUGGUGCGGCUUGACAAUGACCACUGGUGGCUUGGUUUGGCAGUGGGCUACCUCGGGCCUGACGGGCGGCGGCGCGAUGCGGACGAGCGGCCGGAGCUCAGCAGAGGCACCUAUGAGAUCGUGGCUACGCGCGACUACAUGGUGCGGCCCCCAAUGCCCGUGACCCACGUGUUCCUCAUCGACGUGUCCAUGGCGGCGCUGGGCAGCGGCGCCACCGCCGCGGCCUGCCAGUGCAUAGAGCAGGUCUUGGACAGCAUCCAGGGCGGCGACAACGCGCUGGUGGGUGUGGCCACCUUUGACAGCGCGGUGCACUUCUACCAGGUGGCGGCGGGGCAGCAGCAGCCGGCGAUGAUGGUCAUGGCUGACACGCAGGACGUCUACUCGCCCCUGCCGGCCGCGAUGCUGACUAAGCUGGCCGACUGCAAGGAGCAGCUGGUGGACCUCCUGCACAGCAUCCCCUCGAUGUUCUUAAAUUCCACUCACGGCCCAGAGAGCUGCGGCUCGGCGGCGAUCGAGGCGUGCAUUGAGCUGCUCAAGCCCGUCGGCGGCAGGAUUCACGCGUUCCUCGCGCAGCUGCCAAACUCGGGCGUGCGCAGCCUCAAGAUCCGGGACCACAUCUCAAUGGUCAAUGAGAAGGACAAGCAGCUGCACCUGGUGCCACAGGACAAUACCUACUACACCGUGGCAGCCCUGGCGGCGGACUUCCAAGUGUCUGUCGACCUGUUCCUGCUGGUGCAGUCCUAUGCUGACGUGGCCACGCUGGGCGUGCUGCCGUCCACCACUGGGGGCAGCGUGUACCACUACUGCCCCUUCAGCCCGCCCCUGGACCAGGACCAGCUGCUCAACGACCUCAAGUGGAACGUCAGCAGGCCGCAGGGCUUGGAGGCCAUCCUGCGCGUGCGCGCCAGCACGGGGCUGGACGUGGACGGCUACGUGGGCGCCUUCUACAAGCCGCCAAACAGGUGA